UAACACAAAAUUACGUUCGAUUGACUAUUGAAUAACAGAACGAUUAUAAAUGGUAUACAGUGCUGUGCAGACACACAAUACGCGUCGACCUACCACCCCGCACUGUGCAACAUACAAAAUAUAUAAUUGGAUGAAAAUCAAUUUGAAUGUGUGAAAAGAAAUUGAAGUCAUGAUAAUGAACAAAAUUAUUUAUGGCUAAGUACAUUUUUUAAAUGGCCAUAAGCGUUCAUAACUGCACUGCCAGCAAAAACCGAUAUUUGCAAACGAAGGUGAAUAUCAAGACACGUCAACCGGGACGGAGAACUCGAAGAGGAGCUUGGGCAGAUAUCUGUACGAAAAUCGUAAACCCGAAGAAGAGGUUUACGGAUUUUGGUUUUCAAAUGAUCGCGGAAGCUUAUACCGGAACUGAUGACCUAGCGCGCAGAAGAUUCAAACUUUUUACUGUCGUUAUCGUAGUCGAAGAAGUUGCUGUAGAAGUCAUGUCACCAGCCUGUAUCAUUAAAUUCCCCAAUCUAGAAGUGUUCACCGCUAAAUACCGUACAGCAAUUCCAACCAAACAUGUCUGAUAUCCAUAGGCGCAAUUGGGGGGGGGGGAAGCUUGGGUGUACUUAUC